ACCAGCCAAGCCGGGAAGUGAGUGAGCUGGGUGGUACCGAGCAGAGCUGCCUGCAGCUGCCUGCCCCGCUGCCUGCCCUGCCUGCUGCUGGGGCAGGGCUGCAGGAGAGCGCGGCUCGCAGGGACCCGGCUGCUUCAGGUCAGGACAUGAAGGUGUUUUCGGGGCUUGGCUGAGCUGUGACCCCAGCCCGGAGCGGUAAGAACCUGCCUUGCAUGGAUGCGAGGUGAGCGUCUCGCCCCGGUGCAGCUGCAGGUGAGGGGCCAGGGGCUCACCCACCAGCACCCACCUACCAGCACCCACCUGCUGAGCACCCGUGCAGCCUUAUCUCUGCCAGGGAGCCAGGACAUCACGCCUGCGGCCGCGGCAGGCUGGGACAUGCCGAGGAAGGAGCUGGGGCUGGGGAUGGCUGGCUGCAACCCGGGCAGCUGUGACAGCAUGGUCAGCACGGCCUCCAACCACUCUCAGCAGAGUGAUAACAGUUUUGACUACUUAUCUGUGGAAGAGAAAGAGUGUUUGAUGUUCUUAGAAGAAACCAUUGGCUCGCUGGAUGCAGAAGCGGACAGCGGGGUCUCUACUGAUGAGACAGACUACACAGAGCCCUCCAAGCUGCCUGGCACAUGGCCUAAGAGAGACUCUGUUCCUCAGGAUUUGGAAAAUGGGGCUUCCCCAACAAGUGCAGGCCAGCAGCAUGCAGCAGAGCAGAUGGGUGGUCAGAGCAUCUCCACCUUCUCAAGCACAGCUCCAAGCCCAGGCUAUUACAGUCUUCCAAGGAGCAUCACUGCAGCCAAUGCACAAAGAGCACACAGAGUUUCUGACAGCAAAGUGACUGUCCACACCGUGCAGGACCCAGUGCCAGGAGGUAAACCUUCACAGGAGGUGGGCAAGGGGGACAAGUUUGAUCAAGCCAAUGUAAGAAUCCAGAUGAAGUCCCUGGAAUCUCUGAUUAUUCAACCUCCAGAUCCCUUUCAGGAUGACCUGGUGAGCCAUGAGUGGUCACGGAGCAAUCACUCAGGUGGCAAGAGGGAAACGGGCAAGGAGACCAAGACGUGGACUUCAUGGGGCCAGACAGAGAGAUCCAUACUGGAAGAGAUGCCUCAAGACACAGAUGCCAAGCAUGGGCCUCCAACUGCCCCCAAGCCACGGAAAUUGCCACCAAAUAUUAUCCUGAAAACCAGCAAAACCAGCUCAGUGCCACCUGCCACGGAGCCCGGCCAGAAGGGAAAAGCCCCAUCUGCAUCCUCAGCUGCAUCUCAGCCCAGCGCUGCCAGCGACACUGCUGCCGAGAAGGCAAAUUCGGGGCACCUCGACCCCAAGGAAAGGGAGAAAGCCCAUCAGGAGGCACUGGAGAAGCUUGGAUUGUCACAGAACAGGAGGGAGCCCAGAGCCCCCUUCCAACCCAGGGAGACGCCUUUCCCAGGCGCCCGGCAGCCCGAGCCCCGCAGCCCCGCGGCAGAGGGGCCGGGGCCGGGAAUCCGGCAGCUGAACUUCAAAUCCAACACCCUGGAGCGCUCCGGGGUGGGGCUGGGCAGCUACGUGGCCAGUGCCAAGGAGCAGAGCGUCAAGACCAGCAGCUCCCUGGGCAAGAUGUCCUUCAUCGAGCGGCUCGCCCCGAGCUUCCUCCGGAGCAGCCGCCCCCGGCCCGUGUCCCUCGGGGCAGGGAAGGACUUCGCGGAGCUGAAGGAGCCCGGCCAGGUGGAGCCGGAGAAGGGCAGCAAGCGCAGAUCCCACCCCCUGCCCAGCUUCCCCCGGGCCCCCCGCUCCUGUGUCAGUGUGAAGAUUUCCCCCAAGGGCGCGACCGACGAGAACCGGCGAGAGGCUCUGAAGAAGCUCGGGCUGCUGAAGGAAUAACUCCAUGAGCGGGGGGAGGGGGGGCUGGAAAAGGGCUUUUCACCCCAGAUUCAGGUGCCUUCACUGCCUGUCCUCGAGCAUCUUCUGCUGCCAUUUCCUGCCCCAGCAUCUUUGGGAGAGGUACCAUUAGAGGUGUCCAGAGCUUCAUGCCAAACAAAGCAACACCCCAUGUACAUAAUAUUCUGUAUAUAGUAGGUGUGUAUGAGCUAUUUAUAUAAAGCAUCACUCAGCAUGUGGAUGGAGCAUAUUCUUCUACCAGAUCUUCAAUGCAUUUAUGGAUUCUUUGCAGCAGGGAAGCCAUGGAAUUCGGCUUUGGCUGAUUUUAAAAGGGGAUAAAGCCUCUCUGGGAAGAACUGCAGGACUCUGCUGCUCCUUAUGGGUUUUAUGGGGGUUUGUUAACUUUCUCUAAAGCCUACGAGGCCUGAGCACUCACCUGCCCUGUGCAAGUGCCUCCAAAAAGCCACAACUGCCACACUAAAAAAAAAACUGCUGGACCAAGGGGCACUGGCGUGGGGCUCAACACAACAGCCCCAGGUCUGAGUGUUCCUCCAGCCAGGAUGGCUGCACCAGUCCCCCCAUCUCCUCUGCCAGCCUGCUUGCACAUCCAGCCCCAACAACCUGGUUAUAGCACAACCACAGAGAUAGACAUCGUGAAGUGAGGGUUAGGAAGUGACAGAUCGUGUGCCAGUGGCAGAACCAGAAAUGCUGCCCAAAACAUGGGAGAAGUACAUCUGAGACAGCACCAUCUCAGUCCCUUUCAAACUCUUCUCGCACCUUUCAGCCCCAGCUGAUGCUGUCAAUGUUUAUGCUGUGCACCCUCCAUAACAAUGGGGGUUUAUUUCUGUAAUAAACUUGUAUGUGAUCAAAAU